GUAUCCUGUUUCCUGUAAACAGGUGCUUAGUAUUGAAACUGCUUCCUAGCAGGUGUAUGUGCAGUUGUUUCUUAGGAUACAAACCUAACAUAAUCUCCUUUCUCUAAGCCACUUGGACAUCUGAACUAAGGAUUAAAACUCCUCUCUACUACUGCAGUAUUUAUUGCCCCUGCAGUUUCUGAAGCUACAUUGGACCGCAACAUAUUUCACAGCACACCUUCCUAUUACAAAAUCUUGUGCUCCCUUCUUGCCACAACUCCACUGGCACUUAGUGGUUGUUUCCUGAGGACAAGUCAACUAACCAGAAGAAAACCAAAGCAAUUACAAAGAGGAAAACUGGAUUGUAAAACCGGAACUUAGCCACACCCCCUUUAGUGACAUCACUCUCUGUUCAUUCAGCUUCAGUACAGCCUACUCUGAUUCAGUGUGUCAGCAGCCUGUCAGCAAGUCUGAAAAGGAUUGUUUCCAUCUCUACACUAUCUGAUACAAGAACUUCAGAAUGACUCACCAGUACCCAGCACUCUCUGCUGAGCAGAAGAAGGAGCUAUCUGAUAUUGCACAGCAGAUAGUGGCUUGUGGGAAGGGAAUUCUUGCUGCUGAUGAAUCUGUUGGGAGUAUGGACAAGCGCCUAAGUGGCAUUGGAGUAGAGAAUACCGAAGAGAACAGGCGCUUGUACCGUCAAAUUCUAUUUAAGGGAGAUGACCGUAUGAAGAAAUGCAUUGGGGGUGUUAUAUUUUUCCAUGAAACAAUGUAUCAACAAGGGGACUAUGGAACAAAUUUUGUAAAGAUGAUUAAAGAUAAAGGAAUUCUUGUAGGCAUCAAGGUUGAUAAAGGUGUAGUCCCUCUUGCUGGUACUGAUGGAGAGACAACAACUCAAGGUUUGGAUGGAUUAUCAGAGCGCUGUGCUCAGUAUAAAAAAGAUGGUGCUGACUUUGCUAAGUGGAGAUCUGUACUGAAAAUCAGUGAGCAUACACCAUCUUCCCUUGCUAUUAUGGAAAAUGCCAAUGUACUUGCUCGCUAUGCCAGCAUCUGCCAACAGAAUGGUAUUGUUCCCAUUGUGGAGCCUGAAAUUCUUCCUGAUGGAGAACAUGACCUGAAGCGCUGUCAAUAUGUGACUGAAAAGGUGCUUGCUGCUGUAUACAAGGCCCUUAGUGACCACCAUGUGUAUCUGGAAGGCACACUACUUAAACCAAAUAUGGUAACUGCUGGACAUGCUUGUCCAACAAAAUACGUAUCUGAUGAGAUUGCCAUGGCAACUGUGACUGCCCUGCGCCGCACUGUGCCACCAGCUGUGCCAGGAGUUACCUUUCUCUCUGGUGGUCAAAGUGAGGAGGAAGCUUCUAUUAACCUAAAUGCAAUUAAUAAAUGCCCCUUAGCCCGACCUUGGGCUCUUACUUUCUCCUAUGGACGUGCACUGCAGGCUUCAGCUCUCAAUGCCUGGCAUGGCAAGAAGGAGAAUGAGAGUGCAGCUUCUGAGGAGUUCCUGAAGCGUGCCGAGAUAAAUGGACUCGCAGCUUGUGGCAAGUAUGAGCACAGUGGUGAUGGAUCAUCGGCAGCCGGUCAGUCUCUGUAUGUGGCUAAUCAUGCAUACUGAUCACUGACUUGCAGAGAACCUCCAACCUGCUACACUCCACCUGUAAGCAGCCUCCAUGUGGACAUCACUUCAGUCAGAGCCUGGAAUCGUCACAACCCACAAUCUUGUUUUAGCACUUAUUGUUAGUCAUUGCAGCUAACUGUGGUGGUGCUUAAUGGUUAAUCAAAAUAGAGUUGUUGCUACUAAAAGUACUUGGAUUUUAUUCAGGGUAUAACAUCUUAUUCCAGACUAGCGUCCCUCAUUCAGCCAUACUGUUAGAUCUGUUGCAGGCAAAAUUUAAGUAGUGGUGACUGACACUUUAAGGGUAGCUGUACUGUUGGACAGAUGAAAUGUUUAGGUAAUAUACCUAGUUCAGGCAUGGGUUUAUCCUCAGAUUGUGCCCAGCUGACUUGAGGCACACCUAUUGAAUUCUCCAGGCCCUGUUCUGUGAAAGGUUUGCACUCUGCUGUAGUGUUAGUGCUUUUGAGCCACACAUUCCUUUGAGGUCAUUUUGUCCUGCACCUUAGAAAUUGUGAAAGAAGGUAACUUACUGCUGUGCAUUUUUGUUAAAUCUAGUGUUGUCGUACGCAACUAAUGUACCAAAUAUAAAUCUAAUAAAUCUCUAUUGUCUGUUUUGUCUUUA